UGGGUACCGUAUUUUUCGUCAGUGACAAAAAAAAAAAAAAGUAUUUACUCUUGUUUUUUUUUUCUAAAGUAAUUGACCCGAAUGUCAAGGAAGGGUAGACUUGACUUGAAGAACGAUUGUAAUGACUAAUGAGCGCUCAAAUCAUCAGAGAACCAGCAUCAAGCUAUAGUCUACUAUGUCAGGCCAACCUCUCUCCCCUCACGCCGUUGAUCCUUUUCAACAUCUCAAAAUCUUUCUUAACUCCGACGGCACCCUCAGUCGCCUGCGCGAAGACCCACACACCUCACCCUCACCCGAUCCCAACCUUCCCAUCCCCGUUCUCACCAAAGACGCUCCCAUCAACCAAUCAAACAACACCUUUGCUCGCAUAUUCCUACCCCGCAAAGCACUCGAUCAUUCCUCCUCCUUCCCAACCAAGCUCCCUCUCAUCGUUUACUUCCAUGGGGGCGGCUUCAUUUUAUUCAGUGCAGCCUCAAAUUUCUUUCACGAUCUCUGCGUAAACCUCGCAAAAGACGUCGGAUCCAUCGUCGUAUCCGUAGAAUACCGUCUUGCUCCAGAACACCGAUUGCCGGCUGCGUACGACGAUGCCGUGGAAGCGCUGCACUGGAUCAAAGCCCAAUCAAAUGAUUGGUUGACAAACUAUGCCGAUUAUUCAAAUUGUUACCUCAUGGGAACUAGUUCCGGAGCAAACAUCGCAUACCGCGCGGGUCUACGUGCUGCUGCGGCGGUUGACCAUUAUUAUCUGGAUCCGCUUAAGAUCAAAGGGCUGAUAUUGGCUCAACCGUUUUUUGGUGGGACCAAGAGGGUACCCUCGGAGCUAAGGCUGGAGAACGAUCUGGUUCUGCCACCGCACGUGAGUGACAUGAUGUGGGAGUUGUCGUUGCCCGUUGGGGUUGACCGUGAUCAUGAGUAUUGCAAUCCAAGGGCUGGGGAUGGAGCUAGGGUUUUGGAUAGGGUGAGACAGCUUGGGUGGAGGGUGGUGGUGACAGGGUGCGAUGGGGACCCACUGGUGGACCAUCAAAUGGCACUGGCGAGACUGAUGGAGGAGAAGGGUGUAGCAGUGGUGAGUCGUUUUGUAGAAGGGGGUUGUCAUGGCGCUGAGGUUCGUGAUCCCAUAAAGCAAAAGCAACUUCAUGACCUAGUCAAAGAUUUCAUUGCUUCAUAGCCUGAAAAUGAUACUAGAAUUUAUCCUCGUCUUCUUAGUUCGUACAGGUAUGCUUCUGCGACAACUUAUUGGAUUAGUGUUUUUAACGAUGUAUAAGAUAAUUUUUAUUUUUAUUUCUCUUUAAUAUGACUCUACAAGGGUUUCACAUAUAAAAUAUGUAUAAUAUAACAUGAAAAAAAUUAAUCCCAACUUAAUUAAUCUAAAUGAUAUUUACUUUGAAGCAAUGUU